AUGGUGGGGGGCAAGGUUGCUUUGUUACCUAUUCCAUUAGGAACUGCAGAUUUUUUGGUCCAUCACAUUCAUGCAUUUACAAUUCAUGUAACGGUAUUGAUACUCCUAAAGGGUGUUCUAUUUGCUCGUAGCUCGCGAUUAAUACCGGAUAAAGCAAAUCUCGGUUUUCGUUUCCCUUGUGAUGGACCCGGAAGAGGAGGGACAUGCCAAGUAUCCGCUUGGGAUCAUGUCUUCUUGGGGCUAUUCUGGAUGUACAAUGCAAUUUCAGUAGUCAUAUUCCAUUUCAGUUGGAAAAUGCAGUCAGAUGUUUGGGGUACUAUAAGCGAUCAAGGUGUAGUUACUCAUAUCACAGGAGGAAACUUUGCGCAGAGUUCCAUUACCAUUAAUGGGUGGCUCCGCGAUUUCUUAUGGGCGCAAGCCUCCCAGGUAAUUCAGUCUUAUGGUUCUUCAUUAUCUGCAUAUGGUCUCUUUUUCUUAGGUGCCCAUUUUGUAUGGGCUUUUAGUUUAAUGUUUCUAUUCAGCGGGCGUGGUUAUUGGCAAGAACUUAUUGAAUCCAUCGUUUGGGCUCAUAAUAAAUUAAAAGUUGCUCCUGCUACUCAGCCUAGAGCCUUGAGUAUUGUACAGGGACGUGCUGUAGGAGUAACCCAUUACCUUCUGGGUGGAAUUGCCACAACAUGGGAAUUCUUCUUAGCAAGAAUUAUUGCAGUAGGAUAA